AGGCUCGACCGCGAACUCGGGGCGAACUGGUCGAAGCGUGCGCGACCGGCCCCGGUUUUUUAACCGUCCUCACGGCAAGCUCACCACAAGCGGCUACCCGCCGUCGCCGCCGCCGUCGUCACCGUCGUGCAUCGUGGUACAUACGCGCGACGUGUGUGCGCCAGGGCAGCACUCGCCGUCGUGAAGAGACGACGUGUGUCUAAAUUUGAAUACGCUCUGGCAGCGUAGAGGAGAAGCAGUGCCGUCCGCGCGUGUUACGCCGUCGGAAUUACCGCGCCGUCUUCACCUCGCUAAUCGUCGUCGUCGUCGUCGUCGUUUUCGUCGUUGUUGUCGUCGUCACGCGUGAAAAGUAUAUUUUAAGAAAGACACUCCCGCGCGCCGUGCAUCUAGUCAACGUAUCUAGUCCCCGCGAUCACGUCGUGGAUAAAAGCUAACCUAUCUAACCACGCGUGCGACAAACGGAGCGGGCGUCCUCGCACGCAUGUAUACGUACGCACGACGACCUAAGAAUAAUUCACGACACGCCGCGACACGUUAUUAACCUGUACGCCCCUAUAAAUAAUCGUGCGCCCUUUUGCGAGUGAUUCACGGCGAAGGUGAAGGAAGCGAGAAGAGAGAGAGAGAAACGCACGAGGGAGAAGAAAAAAUUCGGACUUGAAGAAAAUUAACGAUUAUUACGAUUUUUUUUAAUCGAUGCAGGCCGCGACGUGAAUCGUCGACUAGCGACUGUGCGCGAGAUCAACUCAUCGCCGACGGAUCGCGAGCAGCACAGCACUAGCAUACAAUACACAUACACACACACACAUCGUGCUCGCGCCGUGUAGAGAAGGGAGACUGUAUAAGAGAGAAAAAGAGAGUGUGCCAAAGAAAAAAAGCCGCAGAUAGAGAGACAACGACGAGAGAGUAAGAGAAAGAGACCGUGGGUGCUUGUUGUUUCAUUCGUUCAGCGUGGUAUCAGCAGCGACGGCGCGAAUUGGUGUGCGAGAAUCCGCAUCCGGCAAAGAGGUGGAGGAGGAAGAGCAACAACAGCAUCAGUAGUAGCGGCAAGUUUUGUUUUGAUCGACGAACGAUCGCGCCGUUCCGCGAUCUCGCUCUCUUUCUGUCUCUCCGUAUUUGUGAGCGGUCGCGGGGGUGCUGUAACGCGGUGUGGGGAGAUAUCGAUCGCGCGCGCGGGACCAUUGACGUCGUUCUGGAGAACGGCUGAACGUCGUGAGAGAGAAAGAGAAAGAGUGUGGGAAAAGUAGAGAGGGACACGAAACAGCGACACGACGUUGUAACUUCCAUCGCCGGCGAAUCGGCGCUCGCACGUUCGUUUGCUAAACAGUGUGCGCGUCUCUGUCGUCCUUCGUCGUCGACGGCGCGUGUGUGCGCGCGUGGCGUGUCCUCGAGCGAGAUCGCGAUCGCGCGGCUCGGUGCGGUGCGACGCGUUGCGUCGCGUCGCGGCGCCGAUCCCGAGGAUCGCUCGCUCGCUCGCUCGUUCGCUCGUUCGCCUCGACCUCGCUCCCGUUGACGUUCUCGCGCGGGGGAGAUCGAUCGAUACGCUGCUCAGCAGGGACUCGGCCGGCCGACCUGACUCCCGCCGUCGACAUGCCCCGCUGAUGAUCCAGUAGGCUGCCCGGUUGCGAGAUCCGUGUUCUUAAUAUUCCAUCCAGUGAUUUGGAAGAUUUAUCUCUUAUCCAAGACGUGGUGCAACAAUGGGUCGAAAGAAGAUUCAGAUUUCACGUAUCACAGACGAACGGAAUCGUCAGGUGACCUUUAACAAAAGGAAAUUCGGCGUGAUGAAGAAGGCGUACGAAUUGUCAGUGCUGUGCGACUGCGAGAUUGCACUGAUUAUCUUCAGUUCGAGCAACAAGCUGUACCAGUAUGCGAGCACCGACAUGGACAAGGUUCUCCUCAAGUACACUGAGUACAACGAACCCCACGAGUCCCUCACCAACAAGAAUAUUAUCGAGGCGCUCAACAAGAAGGAACAUAAGGGUGCCAUGUCUCCGGAGAGUCCGGAACCCGAUGCAAUCGAAUACAAUCUUACCCCGCGCACCGAGGCCAAAUAUACGAAGAUCGAUGAAGAAUUUCAAAUGAUGAUGCAGAGGCACCAGCACAAUGGCAGCAGGACAAUGGGACAAUCGAAUUAUACGCUACCAGUAUCUGUACCAGUGAACAGUUACGGCGAAUCUCUCCUUGGAUCUAGUCCACAGAUGGCACAUACCAGCAUUUCUCCACGUCCAUCAUCAUCUGAAACGGAUUCAGUGUAUCCUUCGGGAGCAAUGUUGGAAAUGAGCAACGGCUACCCUCCGUCAGCGUCGCCAUUAGGUGGUUCGCCCAGCCCAGGACCUUCGCCCGCGCUCGGGGUUGGUGGGGGUAGUGCAAAUAAAGGCAGCAAUCCGUCUAGGCAUUCGCCUCAACCUCCGCCUCCACCACCGCCGCCUCAUCCUCACAGGGCUAACCUUCGAGUGGUUAUACCGACACCACUCACGCAACCUCUCCCCGAAGACACUAAUUAUGAUAAUGCCCAUACACAGUCUGCAUUGAAUACACCGGUAGUAGCGUUACAAACACCAACAGUACCGGCCGGAUACUCUAGUUUUGGACCAACAGAUUACUCUUCGGAUCUCGGGAGCCUUGCAUGGUCUCAUCAGAGGUACGUUGAUGACUUAUCAAUGUAUUCGGCAGCCACCAUGUCCAGCAUCAGUGGUCUUCCUCAUCUAGCUGUGUCAAGCAGUACACCACCACCAUCCACGUCGCCUUUGCCUGUAAAGAUAAAAAGUGAACCGAUUAGCCCACCCAGAGAUCCGCUCGGCGGUAACAGCGGGUCCAACGGUGGACCCAGCAACGCUAGCAAUCUACAUCAUACGAACCUGAAUGUCGGUCCUUCGUCCAGUACCGGUGCUCCGCCGCCGCAUCAUGUAUCUCAUCCGGGCCCUCAGACACUGAACUUAGUAUCGAGCAGACCGAGUAGUAACCCACCUCCGUCCCACUCGGGUAGCAUAACACCGACAAAUCUACCCUCACCAAACAGUGGCACGGUCGGUGAUAUCAGAACGAACCAUUCUAGCGGUGGCGGGAACGGAGGGAACAGUUCAGACUACGAGAACGGACCGAUCAUGAAACGCUCGAGAAUCACGGAAGGUGGUUGGGCAACUUAAUGUCGAUCGAAUUGUUGCACUCAUCAGUUGUUUGAUACCUCCUCGACGUACAACGGCAUAUAGUGCUUGUGAGUUCCAGUAUGAUUAAACAAACUCCUUUUAAACGUCUUUGAGACAUGUACUUCGUACUACUUCGUACUACUUCGUACUACCACGAUACGAUAACAGUAGUUGUGGGUGGUAUGCUUUCGCUGUUUAGCCAGCGGAGUGGAAAAAUCUGUUUAUAUUUUGAAGCUGACACAGAAAUAUACAUUUAUUUGAAGGAAAAGAAAAUACGGUGCCAUAAUGUUGAA